UCUGCUGCCUGCUGCAGGCAGGGGCGCCUCGUGCUCGUGCUCGUGCAACAUACGUGCGGUGUCAUAAGGCAGCGUGUUAUGUCUACCUUUGAGGUUACACUGUUUACCGAAGUUUGUUUUGUGUACUCAUAACUCUGCAGAAACUGUAAAGCAUCGAACCACCGCAAUCAUGGGUAAGCUGGACGUCAAGAUGAUGCGGUACCUCACCAAAGAGGACUUUCGCGUUCUCACCGCGAUCGAGAUGGGCAUGAAGAAUCACGAGCUGGUCUCCAUGACUCUGGCUGCUCAGAUCGCAAAUUUGCAUCACGGCGGACUGCACAAGAUUCUGAAAGAGCUUUGCAAGCACAGGCUGCUCAUGUACGAAGCCACGAAACAGUACCAGGGCUACAGGCUCACGAAUUUGGGCUACGACUACUUGGCGUUGAAGACGCUCACCGCACGUGGCUUGAUCGACAGUUUCGGCAACCAGAUCGGCGUCGGUAAGGAGUCGAACAUCUACGUCGUGCAGAAGAAGGACGAGGAGAUACCCUACUGUUUGAAGCUCCACAGAUUGGGCAGAACUUGUUUCAGGAAGGUGAAGAACAAGAGAGACUAUCAUCAACACAGGAAACACAUGUCGUGGCUCUACCUGUCAAGAGUGUCAGCGACCAAAGAGUUUGCUUACAUGACAGCUCUCUAUGAUAGAGGCUUCCCCGUUCCUAAGCCCAUAGACUUUAACAGACACUGUAUCAUCAUGGAGUUGGUUGAUGGUAUACCUUUGUGUAAUGUUCGUGAAGUGGAGAACAAGGAGAGGCUGUACAACGACCUCAUGAAUCUCAUCUGCAGAUUGGCUCUUCACGGAGUCAUUCAUGGAGACUUCAACGAGUUUAACAUCAUGAUCACACAUGAUGAAAAGCCCAUUCUCAUUGAUUUUCCACAGAUGAUAUCUACUGAGCACGAGGAAGCAGAAGUGUACUUUGAAAGGGAUGUCUUUUGUAUUCGAGAAUUUUUCAGAAGGCGCUUUGAUUAUGAAAGCUCCAUGUAUCCAAUAUUUAAGAAUAUUGUCAAUAACGAUGCUGAGGAUGCUAAAAAGCAUCCAAAGGUAGAGCUGCACUCGCCAACAGUCAGUGAUGCAGAGGAUUAUGAUGUUGAUGAUGAGGAGGACGAUGAGGAGGAUCCAGAAGAAGCACGGGAAAAGUUAGCACAACUGGAAAUCGAAGUAAAGCCAAACUUGAAUUCUACUAUUAAUGCUUAUUUGAACACUUGUGAUUACUCUCAUGAGCAAGAGGAAUCUGCUGACACAGAGACAGUAUUGCCUGAGAAUCAAGACUCGGAAUCAAACAAGCAAGAAGUGGAAAAAAAGGUUUUAUUUCCAGAACCAGUUGUAGCAACUAAUGAAGACAAUGUAGAAUCUAGUGAAACUAAUCAAGAGUCUGAAGUACAUGAUGAGGUACCUGAAUUAGUUAAAGUUUCAGCAGAACAACAAAAUGAUACAGACUCAAAUUAUGACGUAAGAAGUACUGCAUCCACAAUUAUUCCAGAAGAUCAAAUCAAAAGAAGAAUGAAGAUGGAAUUAGUGAGACGUGAAAAGAAAGCAGUAAACAAACGCAAUCUUAAAAAAUCAACUAAAGCCACUAGGAGUCGAAGAGAGAACCUUGAUAUUGCUAAAGAAAAUGUUGAUUUCUGGGGUUAACCAAAAUAUCAUUGUUAAAGAGAUAAAUUUAUAAAAUGUACAGAGUUUCUGAGUGUCUCUUUCUGACAGUUUAUUAAAGGCACUAUGUAAUUUUAUAAACUUUGAUAUUUUGUAAUGUAUAAAAUAAAAUGUACAUUUGAAUAUUAUCCAUUAUCAUCUUAUUAUAAGUAAAAGUUUGAUAUUGUGUAAGUACGAUAAGAUAAUUUUAAGAAUGAUAAUCACUAAGCAUUUAUGGCUACUACAAUAAUAUGUAUUAGCCUUAAAUUUUUGACUUAUAUGUUUAUUAAUAAAAUUUUGUUUUAAUCUAUGAAA